AUGUUGAUGUUGAUCCGCGGAAGUACGUACUGUGUCGAUGUGGCGUUAGUGCUGACGGUGAGAAACAGCGUCCGGUGGAGUAACUGCACCACGUCAGGGCAAAGAGGAGCCCGUUGGUGGCGCAAAAGGUACCCGACCGCGAUAUUUAACGCGCCGCGGCGGAGAAAAACUAGAAGCUCCACCGCAUUCGACAAUACGUUGGGUAGGAUGAAGCUGUCAGUCACUCUUCCCAUUUUCGCUUCGGCGCAGAAUGCCCUCGACAUCGCCCAAGAGAACUUCCCGAACAGCCGGGUCUGCGGCAUGCUCAAUGGAUCCAGCGGAUCACUCAGCGAGGACGUUACUUUGGACGUAGAUGAAGCCUGCAUCUACCGAGUUCAAGCGCAGGACGCUGGAAUCAUCCAAAUCAACCUCGCCGAGGCCGCCGAAUUCGACUGCAGCGAGAUGUCCCUCUACAUGGUCACUGAGGACUCCGUCCAGGGUCCAUUCUGUAACGAGGGUCGGCACAGACGUGGCGCCUACGACUACAGCUCCGGCUACUCUGGCAACGACAACCACGAGGUCGACCUUGUCUACACCAACAACGGUGGCAUGAAGUUCAACUUUAACUUCUGGUUCGAUUUCGAGCUCCUCCCAGGCCUUCCUGGAGCCGCUCCACAAGACGGUUACAAAGAAAACGUCGGCAGCUACUACAAACCAAGCUACGGCAACGACGACAAGCCAUCCUACGGCGAAGACGAAAAGCCUGAUCCAGGAUACACCGCCCCAACCAAGAAGCCAUACAAGACUACUGCUGCUCCUUACAGUGAAACUACGACCAAAAAGUACAAGCCUCCAAAGAAAACAACUUACAAAACCACCACUACUACCAAGAAGUACAAGCCAACAACUACCUACAAGACCACCACUACUAAGUACGAACCUGAAGAGCCCGCCUACACAACAAAGAAGCCAAGCUACACCACCAAGAAGCCAUACAAGACCACUGCUUACACUACCAAGAAGCCUUACACUACCAAGAAGCCAAGCUACACCACCCCAUACGGCGGCGGUGGCAGCAACUACAUCACUUACAAGCCAAGCGGCGACUGCCCAUGGACCAACUCCCCAACCGGUGAUUGCGCUGGCAACGAGGGCAAAUGCAACCUCAAGUACUUCCGCGUCUGUGGCGAGGACUUCUUCAACCGAGUCUACAACGACGUCUGCAAGUGGCAAGACGCCAAGCAGCUCAUUCCUAUGUUCACCAAAAAACUCGUCCCACUCGGUAACCAGUUCGAAAAGAAGUUCGGCAAGACCUGCACUGGUUACGGUUCUCGAUCCAUCCUCGACCUCAUCGGCGAAGACUCCCUCGAUGCUCUCAACGAGAACGAACGAGACGUUGCCCGAUGCGACGCCGAAGCUGGUGCCCCACCAUGCGAACUCCUCGACUUCAGCGACGUUGAUACUGCUCGAAAGUUCCACUACAAGAUGGUUGCUCUCUUCGAAAACUGGCUCAAGAAACACUGCAACAACGAAUUCCAGGUCCACUUCAAGGCCCUCUUGAUCCGAAUGCAGCACUCGCUCUUCUGCGACGAUGGUUCCCAGCCUGAUCACGCUGGCUACACCGUUUCCGAGGCUCCACCACCAUACGAUCCCAACAACGACCCAUACAAGCCAACCAAGGAUCCCUACACCAAGCCACCAAAGCCAUACACCACCAAAAACCAUACACCACUCCUAAGAAAACAACCUACAAGCCACCAACCUCAACCUACUGGCCACCAUACACUCCACCAGCAGGCGUGCCCAUGGGCCCAGGAUGACUACUUGAGCCACCCAGAUUGCCCCGGCACCAACCCACCAAAAUGCAACUUGAAAUACGUUGGUCGAUGCUUGAAGAACACUUUCAACAAGGUCUACGCCAAUAUCUGCCGAUGGAACGAGUCUGUCCAACUCCUCCCAAUGAUCAUUUCUCCUUUGAUGAUUCUUGGACGAACCUGGGAACAGGCCACUGGCACCCAAUGCCUUGGUUCUCAAUCUUCUCGAUUCAUUACCGGCGAGUUUGAAGACUACAUCGAAUUUGCUGAUCUCAUGGACGCUCUCGACUACAUCCCAGAAGAAGAGGAUCGACGACGACGAUCCACUGCCCGAGAAGUCGCCUCUUGCAAAGUCCAUGCUGGUGUGAUCAAUUGCUCCGUUUUGGACGGUUUGGCUGAAGUCGAGAACGAGCAGGACUUGGCUGGCUGGAUCGAGAAACUCGUCAAAGUAGUCGGAAACAAGUGCAACAACCAGUGGAAGGAUGACAUGAGCAUCAUGGCCAAGCGAUUCCGAAACUCUGUCACUUGCGCUCCUGGACAGGUCCCCGGUCCUUAA